AUAUUACGGAGAAAACAUGUGCUUUUUUCCCCCCACCAUGAAGCAUGUUGGCUAUGGGUUUAUUGCAGAUGUCUUCUAUCAGCUUGAGAAACGUCUCCUUUAUUCCUACCGACUAAUGGUUUAUGCACUUAUUUAUUUAUGUUAUAAAAUGGUGCUGGGUUUUGUCAAAUGCCUUUUAUUUGGAAACAUUCUUUCUUUUUGAUCUUAAGACCAGCUGUUCCCUGGAGGUAGAGCUGUGCGCUGUGCAACCCCCCCAAAGCCAAUUCAGCUCCACCAAGUGACGGAACUACCAGGAAUUGAAUCCGCUAUGGACACUUGGAGGAGGAACGGAGCUUCAGCCCUCUAUAACAGUCUGGCUUUUAUCUGUGUACUGUUAGUCUUCCUCCUGAAGGGUACGCCGGUUGUCACAGACUCCCCCAUGAACUCCGAACUGUGGAUAUGCCAUCGGCUCCCCAUGUGUGGAGACAAGAUCUACAACCCCUUGGAGCAGUGCUGUUUUGAUGAGAGCAUCGUGCCCCUGAAUGCAACCCGCAAUUGUGGCCCUGAUUGUAUCUUCUGGCCCUGCCAUGAGCUCUGCUGUCCAGAAAAUUAUGGCGUCCACAAACAUUUUGGUGUGAAGUUGAAGAUUCUGGGAGCUAAGACCAAGUGCUCCUCACACUCCCUCAUCACCAGGUUCUGCUCCAGCUAAAGCACCUCAUCCCUGGCUGUGAUGGUGGGGUGGCGAUGGGGGAUGGGCAGAGACAGGAAGAGAGUCUGGGAAUCUUCUGACACGUGUUUUCCAUUCAUCUCUUUUUCUUUCCCUUUUAAUGUCUUGCUGGAGUAUAUGAAGAGGAAUCCGGCAUCAAGAUGGCGGGAAGACUCACUAAUCACCUUUAUUUUGUUAGUAGAGAGCUUUUUUUGUUGUUGUUGUAGAGAUAAGUUGGUUAGACAUUAAAAUUCUUAUACAUCAAAAACUUGCUUGAGAGACAUAACUGUAAAUUAAAAACUCACACUAUUAAACUUUGCCUUUUAGGGUCCUGGUUCUUACGUCAUGAUUUUCUGAUUCCAAAUGGCCAAUACCAAUCCAUUUCAGCUCACGAAUGGCUAGGAUGUCGAUCCUUAUGCAUUCGCUUCUGUCAAUACAGUAUUUCUACAAGACAUCACAGAGCUGCAUCCCACCUAGCCAUGGCUCAUCACUUAAAAAGUCACCUGGGGGAUGACUCGGUGUGUGUGGGUCUCAGAUGACAAAGGAUGUGGCAAUCUGGGUUAAGUAGGCGUCCCAUCCUCCCACCUUACUCUCCUUCCUUCCCUUCCCCACCAUCCUUCUCUCACCGGAAGUGCCCUCUCAGCUUGACCCCAAGUGGAUGGGGAUGUACACCAACUCUGUGAGGAAGGAGCAGGGCCAAGCGUUGGGCAUCUUGAUAGGCACUUAUUUCCUCCUUUGGGGCAGAUAACCAGGCUAGGUUCAGGUUACUUCUGAACCAAGCAACAGAAGCAGAAAAGAGACAAGGGCCUUCCCCUAGACCAAACACAGAGAAAACUUUCCCUAGAUCCAGAAGCUUGAUUCAGACUUCCAGCCUCCUGACCUGUGAGACAAUAAAUUUCUGUAGAUUUUCUGGUGUAGUUAACAAAGACACCACUGAAGCCAUCUCCUGAGACUGUCUUUGUUGAAGGCUUUCAUUAUUGAUUCAAUCUUUUCACACGGUCUUGGUCUAUCCAUAUUUUCUAUUUCUUCUUGAGUCUGUUUCAGUAGUUUGCUUGAUUUUAUUAAUGUGUUCAUUUCAUCCAAAGCAUUCGACUUCUUGGUGGAUGGUUUUUUAUGAGAUUCUCUUAUAGCCAUUUCUACUUUUGUAAAGGUGGUAAUGAUGCACCCGCUUCCAUUUACGAUUUUAGUAAUUUGAGUCCUCUUUUUUUUUGCCGUCAUCAGUCUAGCUAAAGGGUUGUCAGUUUUGUUUUUGCCUUCAAAGAAUCAACUUUUGGUUUGGUUGAUUUUCUCUAUUGUAUUUUUA